UCCGUAGAAAUAACAAAAAUAAUUCCAGAGAAUAAAAUCAGAGAGAAUGAGAGAGAAAAAGACACCAUUGGUGUUCUUUAAUUUUUAAUUUUCAAGACAAUUUUAUAUUAAUUUUAGUUUUUGCGCUUUGGGGCCAGAGUGUUUGUUUAUGUUCUCCGUUCCGUUCCAUUUCGGUUCCGUUCACCGCUUAUUUUCUUUCGUUUCUAGUUUCGCACAGAAACAGAAAUAGAUAGAUAGAUACAGAAACAGUGAGCGAGAGAGAGAGAAACGGAACAAACCUAACCGAAUUUCUCGGGAAAAUUUUCGUGUAGUGUAUUUUUUAUUAUUUGUUUUGGUAAUUGUUGGAAUUGAAGAGUGGAGGAUUGUUCGAGUUAGGGUUUUUGAAUUAAGUUGUUCCGUUUUGGAGGCGAGGUUAUUCGCGCGGAUUAUUCUCGAACUGAAUCGGUAAUGUUGGUUUGGAGUGCGAUUUCGCCGGAAUUGUAACUACGAUCUCGACGGAACUGCUCAAAUCAUAGGGUUGAAGCAAUGGAUGUUGAUUCCUCGAUGGUGCCGGAGGCUAAUCACGAUCCGGCGGCGCAAAACCACACGGCGGAAAGGGAGCAGCAGCAGCAGUUAAGGGAGUCUCCAUCGCCUACGUCGUCGCCGCCGACUUCAUCCUCCGGCGACGGGUCUCCGACGCAUUCGCCGGCGAAUCAUCAGCAGCUGCAGGCGGCAGCUCAGGUGCAGCAGAGUCCGGUGGUUGGUCCGAGGUUGGCGCCAACUUACUCGGUGGUUGACGCGAUUCUGGAGAAAAAGGAGGACGGUCCAGGGCCAAGGUGUGGCCACACGCUAACGGCGGUGGCUGCGGUUGGAGAAGAAGGCACACCAGGGUACAUUGGUCCGCGGUUGAUUCUGUUUGGCGGUGCCACCGCUCUGGAAGGGAAUUCCGCAGCGUCAGGAGCUCCUGCUUCCCCUGGAAAUGCUGGCAUACGUUUGGCUGGUGCGACAGCUGAUGUCCACUGUUAUGACGUCUUAACUAAGAAAUGGUCUAGGAUAACUCCCUUUGGAGAGCCUCCAACCCCAAGAGCUGCACAUGUGGCGACUGCUGUGGGAACAAUGGUAGUUAUUCAGGGUGGCAUUGGUCCAGCUGGUUUGUCAGCUGAGGACCUUCAUGUUCUUGAUCUGACACAACAACGGCCACGAUGGCAUAGGGUUAAUGUUCCAGGACCUGGACCAGGGCCACGUUAUGGACAUGUUAUGGCUUUGGUGGGGCAGCGGUAUCUCAUGGCAAUUGGAGGCAAUGAUGGAAAGAGACCUUUAGCCGAUGUAUGGGCCUUAGACACAGCAGCCAAGCCUUAUGAAUGGCGCAAGUUGGAGCCAGAAGGAGAGGGUCCGCCUCCAUGCAUGUAUGCAACCGCAAGCGCACGCUCUGAUGGGCUGCUUCUGCUUUGUGGAGGGCGGGACGCCAAUAGUAUUCCACUAGCUAGUGCAUAUGGACUUGCUAAGCAUAGGGACGGUCGUUGGGAGUGGGCAAUUGCUCCUGGUGUCUCACCAUCUCCAAGAUAUCAGCAUGCAGCGGUAUUUGUUAAUGCAAGGCUCCACGUGUCUGGUGGGGCUCUUGGUGGAGGACGGAUGGUAGAAGACUCAUCAAGUGUUGCAGUGUUGGACACUGCCGCUGGUGUAUGGUGUGAUACAAAAUCUGUUGUUACCAGCCCAAGAACAGGUAAAUUCAGUGCUGAUGCAGCUGGUGGUGAUGCCUCAGUUGAGUUGACACGGCGUUGCAGACAUGCAGCUGCUGCUAUUGGUGACCUAAUUUAUAUUUAUGGUGGAUUACGUGGUGGGGUCUUGCUGGAUGACCUACUUGUUGCUGAAGAUCUUGCUGCUGCUGAAACAACACCUGCUGCUUCACAUGCUGCUGCGGCAGCAGCUGCAUCUAAUGCACAAGUUGGACAAUUACCUGGAAGAUAUGGAUUUGUUGAUGACAGGACAAGGCAAACAACGCUGGAAGCAGCACCUGAUGGUUCAGUUGUUUUGGGUAACCCGGUUGCUGCCCCUGUAAAUGGUGACAUGUACAGUGAUAUCAGCACUGAAAAUGCCAUGCUUCAGGGACCUAGGCGAACUACCAAAGGAGUUGAGUAUCUGGUUGAAGCAUCAGCUGCAGAAGCAGAAGCUAUCAGUGCCACGCUGGCAGCGGCAAAAGCACGGCAGGAGAAUGGAGAAGUUGAGUUGCCUGACAGAGAUCGUACAGCUGAGGCUACCCCUAGUGGCAAACAAAUAUCUUCUCUGAUUAAGCCUGAUUCUGCAGGAGCAAAUAACAUCACUCCUGGUGGAGUUAGACUGCAUCACAGAGCUGUGGUGGUUGCUGCUGAGACUGGUGGAGCAUUAGGUGGCAUGGUUAGACAGCUUUCCAUUGAUCAGUUUGAAAAUGAAGGCAGACGGGUUAGUUAUGGGACUCCAGAAAGUGCAACUGCUGCUAGAAAAUUAUUAGAUCGGCAGAUGUCUAUCAACAGUGUCCCAAAGAAGGUCAUAGCACAUCUGUUGAAGCCCCGUGGCUGGAAACCACCAGUUCGCCGGCAGUUUUUCUUAGAUUGCAAUGAACUUGCGGAUCUUUGUGAUAGUGCAGAGCGUAUAUUUUCAAGUGAACCAACUGUCUUACAACUUAGGGCACCAAUUAAAAUAUUUGGUGAUUUACAUGGGCAAUUCGGGGAUCUUAUGCGGCUCUUUGAUGAGUAUGGAGCUCCGUCAACUGCUGGUGACAUAGCAUAUAUCGAUUAUCUAUUUCUUGGAGAUUAUGUUGAUAGGGGCCAACACAGCUUGGAAACUAUAACCCUUUUGCUUGCUCUGAAGGUUGAGUAUCCUAGCAAUGUACAUUUGAUACGCGGAAAUCAUGAAGCUGCGGAUAUUAAUGCCCUUUUUGGUUUCCGGAUUGAGUGCAUUGAGCGAAUGGUAAUGAAUUUCUUCUGCAGGACGAUGAUUUUUCAUUAUUAUUUGAUACCUCAACUAACAUUUUAUUUUUCUGAUCAGGGUGAGAGAGAUGGUAUUUGGGCAUGGCAUCGGAUAAACCGUCUGUUUAAUUGGCUUCCUCUGGCUGCUCUAAUUGAGAAAAAAAUUAUUUGCAUGCAUGGGGGUAUUGGUCGCUCAAUAAAUCAUUUGGAACAGAUUCAAAAUAUUCAGCGUCCAAUUACGAUGGAAGCAGGAUCGAUUGUACUUAUGGAUCUGUUGUGGUCUGAUCCUACAGAGAAUGAUAGUGUGGAAGGGCUGCGGCCAAAUGCUAGAGGUCCGGGUUUAGUUACUUUUGGGCCGGACCGUGUGAUGGAAUUUUGCAACAACAAUGAUCUUCAGCUGAUUGUUCGAGCACAUGAAUGUGUUAUGGAUGGCUUUGAGCGUUUUGCCCAGGGGCAUCUGAUCACUCUUUUUUCAGCUACAAACUACUGUGGUACUGCAAAUAAUGCUGGGGCAAUAUUAGUUUUAGGUAGAGAUCUUGUGGUGGUUCCUAAAUUGAUCCACCCAUUACCACCUGCAAUUUCUUCACCCGAAACAUCACCGGAGCGUCAUAUUGAAGAUACGUGGAUGCAGGAAUUGAAUGCCAACAGACCACCGACACCAACUAGAGGCCGUCCUCAAGUAACAAAUGACCGGGGUUCUCUUGCUUGGAUAUAGUGAUCAGCAGGAAAGUCCCUCAUGUUUAGCCUUAACUGCUUGUGCUGUCGUGUGGUUUCUGGUGUACUGUACUGUACAUAGCACCGUGCCAAUUAUGGGGUACCCGAGCUCGUGGUCUCAAACCCUGCAGAAAGCAUGAAGGCGUUCGUAUGUACACUCAAUCAGCAUUCAUCACCCCUUUCUGUGAUUAGAAGAAACCACGAUGGCCACACAGCUUUGUCCAUUUUGACUGGGAUAGUGGUUAUCCGGGUUCACCCACUGUUGUAAAUUGAGGCUUAGGUACAGAAUCAAGGUCAGUAUUGUCAUGGAUUUUGUCGGUGUUGCCUAUUUUUGUCACCAAGAGGACUGGAAGGUUUUCUAAUUUUUUUUUUUAUUUUCUUUUCCUGUGAUGGUGAGAUAUAUCAGAAAUAUUUCUUGGGGGUCGCGUCUUGUAUCAUAGGUAUGGCUUAUCCAUACUCUGUACAAUUAAUUUGUGUGAAACUCAGGAAUAUGUGAAUUUUGGUUAUAGAAUUUUAAUAUUCUUGUGCUCCAAAA